AGCAUCAAACGAAUAGCGUCACCAUCAAACUUGAAAUUAAUGUCUCGGAAAGCAAUGAAAGUGGUAGUUGACUUACAGUUUAGAGCGGUAAGACAUUUUUGUUAAUGCAACCAGCUAGCGACCUGCUUCCCAGGUAGUAGUUUACUUGUGGAGCGUCGUGUACAGUGGUGCAUAUAAAUUGGCUGUCUUGAGACUUAACUCAACUGUCUCUGUUCAAACACACUAGCUAACUUUAGUUUGUAAGCUUUCAUGCAAGAUCUAUACAUAACAGUAAUGACAUUCGGUGAUAUAUUUGUGGGAUCCACCCACUGUUUGAUUUUGCCAGGCUAUAUAAUUUUCAUUUGCAGUUAUUAUGUAGCCUUGAGUGUAUUGAUACUACUGCCUAUGCUAUGAGGCCAGAGCUUUUAUGGCACCACAGAUGGUCAUCAUCGGAGAAUUGUUGGUUCAAGCCCCAAUUUGGAUCUUGCUUUUCAAUCGCUACAUUAAACAUGGUGAGCGUGUAUCUGCAAAGCCGGUGUUGUUCAUGACACCAUAACCAUUUAUUCAUUACAUUUCAGGUAUCAUGCCCUGGUGUGCAUUUGUCAGCAAAGGAUGACAUCUACCUCAGUGUGUGCUUCAUGAGCCAAUACCGCAAGUCUGUGUGUCUCCCCCCUGUCUUCCCUCUCCUGUUUCGAGAGAAGAUGAGAUUUGAGAAAUUUCUGUUCACAUCCAGGUGUUCCACUAUGCUGUUGACCCAGGAGAUGUUGCAGAGAUGCUGGAAUAUGAAACGGUCAAAGUUGAAUUGGUACAGUUGAUCCCCCCAGUGGGGGAGGCCCUGGCCUGCUUUGAGGAAGACGCCAGACGCUUCCUAUUUCCAGAGCCCAAAUUGGUUCCAUCCUUCUCUGGAGUGGACAGAGAGGUUCUCAUGACACGCUCCAUUAGCUUCCCUGGCAUUGCUCCAAGGUUAGAGUUCUUCACCAGAACAACCAUCAGUGAGUGCUCUGCGAACGCAGAGGUCAACAGCACCCAUCUCAGGUCUCCAAUGAGGACAGUGGUGCCAAAGAAACACACUAAAAGGUCCCGAAAGGUACACCGGAGAGGCGAUUGGGACGGUGCCUGGCGGGCACCAGUGAUGCCCAGAUCACGCUCCCUCUCUCCGUGCAAAGCCAGCCAGAUGGACAGUUGUCAUGGAAACAUGGGGCGGCUGGCACAGCUCAGUUUGGGUUCCAGCUGGGAUAUAGAUGAGGAGUUUUUACCCCGUCAUAAAAGCGACCCCUGGCUUGGGACUGGACACUCCCCUACACCCCACCUCUCCCCUGUCACGGCCAGACCCACCCUGACCACCGACUCCUCUCCUCGUCUCCCACAGUCCCUGUCCUCUGACACAGACAAUCUCCUGGACUACCCACCAGGUCCAAGCCAACGGUGUUCCCUGGUUAACAUAGGGAGAUCCUCCACCGCUACACCCAGCCAUUCCAUGCUUUUGCACUCCUACAGGGAAAGCUCGAGACAAAAUGGGUCACGCCCCAGCUCCCAGGGCAUGUGGGAGGAGGUCCAACACCGCGUCCGAGGACUCCUUACCACCCCUAGAGCGGUGCACAGACUCGCCCAUGGGGCCACAGACUCCGAGAUAGACGAGGUCCUAGCCCGGAGGUCCAUUUCCCCUAACCGAUGCCCACCCUAGGGAGUCAGUGGGGAACGGCCUGGGAAGGGGUGCCGUUCACUCAACAACUUGAAGCUUUAUCUUCUAUACAACCAGUGAAGAAGCCAAAGUGUCCGGUUCAUUUUGGCAUUGAUUUCAUAUGAUAAUGAUGUCAUAAUUCACUCUGUGUGUGUGUUACGGUUAGCUGAAAUGAAGUAUUAAGGCAUACAUACGGUGGCUAUUGAAGAGAAGUGAUUGACCAGAAUUCAAAGCAUCUCAUUAUAUUAACGCUAAUGUUAUUAGUCAUUUUGUAUGUUUAUUUAUGGUAUUGAAUUGAGGCAGAAACCAUAGAAAUGUAUGUCAUUAUAGUCGUGUUCUGUGGACAUGGUCAUUUUGUGUGAAUAAAUCGUUUUGUGUUAUCUAACAAAAAUAAAUAAUGAAUUUCUCACCCUAUAUUAAAUGCACAGUAUUUGAAAAUAUAAGCUACGGUACAGUAACAUCAUAUUGUUACUCUUGGGUGUGUUCAGGAGAGUGAAACCUGCAGAUAGAACUGUAACGUGCAGAGCGGACUGAGUUGCCUAUUCUCCAUGACAAAGAAGAAUAUCUGCUCGACACAAUGUAUAUCUAUCUGAACGUUGUCAUGUCGCACCUUCCUGAAUGAGCCUCUGGCCUCUAGCCAGCAAACGGGCUGACUUUGGAGUCCUCGGGUGCGUCGGUGGAAAGACAUUAAAGGGGAAUUAUGGGUAGGUCGAUAGUACUCUUUGUGGUCUAACAUCACUCAGGGGAAAUAGCCGGUUAGGUGAUUAUAUAUUACUGCACUAACUGCCUGCUUCAGGAACAUUCUGUUCCAUCACUGUGCCUUUCUAAGCUAUGACCGUUCUAUAGCUAGUCUAGAGGAUCCAAAACCUUAACCUGUGGUAUAAUACAGUGACUGCAGUAUUUCAAAUGGUUUGCUAAGUCGUUCUUGUAGAUAAAAACAAGGUUGUACAGUAACCAAAGGAUGCACAUCCAAUGGUCAGAUGCUGGACAGGAAGAAACAAGUAAAUGAAAGCAGUAAUGUCCACAACUCUAAUUCCGCAUUCUCAACCAUUUCCAAAACCACUCAAAAAGAGAAACGCCCAAGUUAUAUUUUUCUUUAUUAGCUUACAUCUAGUACAUGUUGAUUCAUAUACUGAAGUCAUGUGAACUGUACACACUUUAGCCAUUGAUUGUUGAUCUCAUCAUAACGUGCUUUUGAAAUGUACAGAAGAACCGGAUUCACAAGCUUUAUUUUGAGCCACAUCUGAUCAAUAAAAUGUUAGUUACGUCGCCCUUGACUUGCUUUCCUAUACUCAAUAACUCACCAACUUG